AUGCUCAAGAUGUUGCUUCGCUACGGUUCUCUACCCAAUCUGCGCGACUGUAACGGCCGUGUGGCUUUACAUUAUGCAGUUUGUCGCCGGAAUAUCCAGGCAGUAAGGAUCCUACUGGAGCAUAAAGCGGAUGUAAAUGUUACCGACUAUAAACAAGAGGCACCAUUGCAUUUCGCAGCAGGCAUGCAAGAGCCAGAACUUGUCAAGGUCCUUCUGGAUUCCGGUGCAGAUGUCGAACUCCUCGACUUCGGUGGCGACACCGCGUUGAUGAGGGCU